GCCCCGCCCUCUCGGCUCCGCCCCCGUGUUUUAAGAGCGCGGUGUAGCUUCAUGCUAGUAGUAGCACAUUGAGCCGGAGGAGUUUCGCGUCUGAUUGAGGCGUUGCUGACAAGAUGCCCCGUCUUUUAACAUUUUGACGACCCCGUCGUCAGGGCUUCUGCACCCGACAUUUUGCUCUGUUAUGCUGUCGGAGGAUGGAAACGGACGACGUGUCGGUUAGGGAGCAACUUUUCCACAACCGCGUCCGGGAGACCAUCAUCUGUGUACUCCUGUUUACGUGCCUCUACAUAAUGUCCUACCUCAUACUUGCACGGUUCAAGAAGACUGCAGAGUUUGUCACUGAUGAUAUUGAGGAUGCCACUGUCAACAAAAUUGCGUUGUGGUUGUGUACAUUCACGCUGUCAGUUGCAGUUUCUGCGGUGCUGCUUCUCCCCAUCUCUAUCCUUUCUAAUGAGGUGCUGCUCACCUUCCCACAGAGCUACUACAUGCAAUGGCUCAAUGGAUCUCUCAUUCAUGGGUUGUGGAACCUAGUGUUCCUUUUCUCUAAUUUGUCCCUGGUCUUCCUUAUGCCAUUUGCCUACUUCUUCACUGAGUCUGAGGGAUUUGUAGGGUCCAAAAAGGGAGUGAUGGCACGAGUAUAUGAAGCAGUUGUCCUGUUGUUGCUGCUAGCUCUCCUGGUUUUGGGCAUUGUGUGGGUAGCAUCAGCCCUUCUCCACGACAACAUAGCCAGGAAGAGCCUCUAUGACCUGUGGGAGUAUUACCUUCCCUACUUGUACUCGGGCAUCUCUCUAUUUGGAGUACUGCUGCUCCUGUUGUGCACACCUUUUGGGCUGUCUCGAAUGUUCAGUGUUACAGGCAGUCUGCUGGUCAAACCUCGGCUAUUCGAAGAUGUUGACGAUGCCCUCAGCUGCACUGUAUUUGAGGAGGACUCGCUCUCCAGGAAACUGAAGUGUGGGAGUCCUCAAUUGUGCUGGGUCAAGCUUAACAUUGAGGCGAUGAAGAAAGAGCACCAAGCAGUCCGAACAAAGCGUUUAGCCUUGGAAACCCGAAGGAAAGCUUCGCCAUGGCAGAGAAACUUGGGUUAUCCACUGGCUAUGCUUACGCUCCUUGCCCUCACAGUGUUGUGUGUCCUCAUGGUCUGUUUUAAUGUGCUUGAGUUGCUCCUUGAUGAGACUGCUAUGCCCAGAGGAAUGGAAGAUCCUCACCUUGGCAUGGCCUCCUUCUCCAUGUUUGGCUCACUGGGUGCAGCAGUUCAAGUAGUCCUUAUACUUUAUCUGAUGGUGUCAUCAGUAGUUGGAUUCUAUAGUUCACCUCUUUUCACCAGCUUGGUUCCUCGUGCACAGGACACCAACCUCACACAGAUGAUCGCCAAUUGUGUUUCACUUCUUGUCCUGAGCUCGGCACUUCCUGUCUUUUCACGUACACUUGGGAUCACCCGCUUCGAUCUGUUGGGAGACUUUGGCCGCUAUAACUGGCUUGGGAACUUUUACGCUGUGUUCCUGUACAACAUGCUUUUUGCUGGCCUCACCUCGGCCUCUUUGACCAAGACAGUCACGUGGGCAGUCCAGAGAGAACUCAUCCGUGCAUUUGGUCUCCACCGACUCCCCUUAACUGUCUCACGCUCCACUGUCCCAUUUCGACUCCUGCUGGCAAGUGGACUGUCCAAAAUCCAGUGACUUUCACCUUUUUUUUUUUUUUUUAACCUUGUCAUUGUUUUUAAAUAAGAUCGAGCCAAAAUGCACACCCUUCAGCUUGUGCAGCACAGUCCCGUCAUCACGGUCGACAUCGAUUGCACAGAGCAAAGAGAUGAGGGUGGUGAGUCCACUUGACUCAAUGUAGUCGGGGGCUUUGCUCAAGGAUGUUCAAUGACCAAAAUAUGCAGUAGUCCGUUCUUGUGAGCCGAAAACUGGCUUAGAGCUGAGACACGUAGGUCUGGCUCAAAGAGGGAGAAUAUGAAUCAAAGCCAUAUUACCAGGGCAGCGAAACCCCUGCUUAGAGGAGAUAAAAUGAUGGCUUCUGACACAUGAGUCAACAAAGCUAUUUUGAAGUGUUAUGCUGUAGCUGUGAGAUCAUUUCCUUUUGUGCUGCAGGUUGAUUGAGUGCUCUCUGUGACUCCUCCAGACUUUCCUCUCGAAGGGUGUUCGACAAUUUUAGGUGUAAAUCUUCCACAUGGUGCUGCCCGGACUGGUGUACUGUCGAUCACCAACAAGGAAGUUGCACGGAAAAAAUGGGAUGACGGGCUAACAUUGUUCCUUCUGUGAGGAAUAAGACUUCUUCACAAUUUAUUUUUAAACUUUUAUUUAACUUGAGCAAGUUUACAAAGUCACUUUGACUUACAAGCAUGCACAAACGCAAAACUUUCCACUUUGUGUAUUCGUUGAUAGCCAAGGGCAAGUGUGACUUCGACCAACCAAACUGUGAAUUAUUCCACUGUUUUGUGGGAAAGUGCAAUACAGUAUGUUAAAGCACACUUAGUUUUAUGGGUGAAUUUUUAAAAAUUUUUUUUUUUUUUUUUAUAAAUGUUCAUCUCGGCUGCCUCUCCUUUCUGUGAGUGCUUUUCGUUCAUUCUCCGUUGUGUGAGCAUAUUAGGUGUUGGUGUGACCAGCAGGAGGCAGUGUAUCUCAAGUGCAACCUUUUGUGUUUUGCAGUUCUUUUCUGCCCGUCUUGCUUUGACUGCACAGUGUAGUACAUGCACACAUCACUCUUAGGGUUCCCCUUUUAGUUGUUUUUUUUUUUUCCUCAGCGGGAAUACAAUGUAUGCUUUUUUUUUUUUUU